UUUAAGAGACAAAAUUAUGUAAGUAGUAGCAGAAAACUGAUCCUGUGUGUGUUGCUAGUGAUGACCUAUGCGACAUGCACUGCGCUAGUGAUAUUUCUGUACGGAUACACGGAAGCACAACUACUUUCUUUGACUGAGGAGUUAUACAACAUUUGGAGUGACGGUGAAAAUUUUUAUGAAGACAAUAUAUAUAAUACUAUGAAUCUAGGCAAUGAAUACAAACAAUAUUUACUGAACACUUUUGUAAAAAGUCGUCUAAUGUAUGUUAUUAAGCUUCACAAUGAAAAUAUAGCAGCAAUCAAAUUACUAGAAAAGGUGCUCAGCGUUAGUAUGGCAACUGAAUUUUUAGUUUUGUUUGCUGGCUUAGUAGCAGAAUUACUCGGAGGCGUAAAAAAUACAUUCUUGGAAAUACCAUUUACAUUCUGCCAGUUAUUUAUUAACUGUUUCUUGGGACAGAAACUUAUGGACGCAAGUGAACAGUUUUCUAAAGCCGUUUAUGGCUGCGGGUGGGAAAACUUCGAUGUUUCUAAUAGAAAAUCAGUAUUGAUAAUGUUGCAGAAUUCACAGAAAACGUUGACCCUGUCGGCCGGAGGAGUCGCUACGUUGAGCUUUGAGUGUUUGAUGUCAAUCGUAAAGUGUUCUUACUCCUUUUAUACAACGUUGCAAUCAACUUUUAAUUAUUAA